GCAUUACCUUAAAAAAAAAGAUAGACCCCCAAAAAAGAAAAAUAGUUGACGUUGCAUUUCUUUCACUUUUUUUUCUAACACCAUGUCAGCCAAUGUUAGUUCAACACCCAAUUCUGAAGAAUAUACCAUUGAUAGUGGUGACACUGGUUGGGUCUUAAUUUGUACUACACUUGUGUUCUUGAUGUCACCUGCUUUAGGAUUCUUUUAUGCAGGUCUUGCAAGAGCCAAAAAUGCAUUGAGUCUGAUGUAUUUAACUGUACUUUCAGUGGCCGUCGUCUCUUUUCAAUGGUACUUGAUUGGGUUUUCACUUACUUUUUCUGCCACAGGCUCUUCUUUUAUUGGUGAUUCAACCCAUUUUUUAUUACGAGGUGUUGGUAGAAAGCCACAAAUACCCGGACAAACGAUUCCUGCUUCGGCAUUCAUGUUGUUUCAAUGUAUGUUUGCAGCAAUUACACCAGCAUUGGCCUUUGGAUCUGCUGCAGAACGCAUGUCGCUUGGCCCUGCUAUCUUAUUUAUUUUUAUCUGGUCAACUUUGGUUUAUGAUAUCAUUACAAACUGGGUUUGGGCACCUAAUGGUUGGCUAGCUAAAAUGGGCGUAAUGGAUUUUGCUGGAGGAACACCUGUUCAUAUCUCAAGUGGUUUAGGAGCCGUCGCUUAUGCUAUGGUGGUUGGUAAGCGUAGAGAUUAUAAUGAAGACGUAAACACACCACAUAAUGUCUCUUUUGUCUUCCUUGGCCUCGCUCUCAUGUGGUUUGGUUGGUUUUGUUUUAAUGCUGGAAGUGCAUUUGCCGCAAACGCACGUAGCGUUCAUUCACUUGUAUGUACGCACCUAUCAGGCUGCACAGCAGCUGUUGUCUGGGUCUUGAUGGACUAUCAACACACACGUAAAUGGAGCAUCAUUGGUCUUUGCACAGGCGCUGUAGCUGGUCUAGCUACCAUCACACCUGGCUCAGGGUUUGUGUCCCAGGCAAGUUCUUUAGCUUUUGGCGCGAUCGGAUCCAUAAUCUCAAAUAUCAUUAUACGGUUCAAGCAUCGUCUUGGAUUCGACGAUGCAUUGGACGUCUUUGCAGUGCAUUAUAUCGGUGGCCUUGUAGGACUUGUAUUGACUGGUAUCUUUGCUGAACAGUGGGUGAUUGCGCUGGGUUAUCCUGAAGGCACGCCUGCUUCUGACAUGCCAAGGGGCGGUUGGCUCGAUGGUCAUUGGAUGCAAGUGCCUGUUCAAUUAGCUGCUAUUGUUACUAUUUCUGCAUGGUCGUUUGUGAUGACUUAUCUGAUUUUAGUGGUGCUCAACAAGAUACCUUCUUUCAAGUUGAGACUAGCCGAUGAGGAUGAAAUUAUAGGUACUGAUUGGGCUGAAAUGGGCGAGCGUGCGUAUGGAUAUUUGCCAAUGGAUGAAGAGCAAUCGCGCAUUCAACAACUACAUGUUCAUGGUGCUCUCAAUCAUCAACAACGGAACUCAAGUGGUGUCGAUUUGAAUUUGAAUACAGUACCUCAAGGGACAAGUUCAAGUCGACGCAAAGUAUUCAAGCAAAACAUGCGUCAAUUACUCUUUUCUCGAAACAAGAAAGUAAACGGUGUAGGGGGUGCCUUUACGUACGAAGAGCCGGUUGUCUUGACUUAUGGACAUGAAAAAGAACUUGGCAGUAGUGUCAUCUUUAGAAACAACGAUACAAAAGAACCCGAACCAAAAGAAACAAUUGAAUUGGACGAUUUGACAGACCAAAGAUUCUAUUACUCAAGUGCAGAUGAAGCAGGUCCUAGUACAACAGUCAGCAGUGGACAGAACACACCUCGUCAAGAUUAA